AUGAGUACUGUUUCAAAAAAACUUUCAGGAGGCCUAUCGAUCGCCGUUCCCGGCGAACUUUUGGGAUACUGGGAGGCGCACCAGAAGUACGGCAGACUGCCCUGGAGAGACCUGUUCACCGGCGCGAUCGAACUGUGCGACACCGGCGUCGUGGUUAACAAGUACCUGGAGACGAGCCUCAAGGGCAAGGAGAGCUUCAUCCGCGACGAGAAGAACAACCUCGCCGACAUCCUUAUCAACCCGGAGACCAAGCAAGUAUACUCCGCUGGCGAGAGGAUGAAGAUGCCGCAGCUGAAGGAGACGCUGAUGAUCCUGGCCAACUCCUCGAACCCCGUGGAGCUCUUCUACAACGGGUCCAUGAGGGACGCCCUGGUCAGCGAGAUCCGAGACGCGGGGGGCAUCGUCACUCCCGAGGACUUUUCCAACUACAGGGUCAACUGGACGGAGCCGCUCGUGGGAAAAAUCGGCAACGUGACGGUGUACACGGCACCGCCGCCCGGCUCGGGGGCACUGCUCGUUUUCAUGAUGAACGUCCUCCAGGGCCUCGUGCCCGCUAACGACGAGAACGUCAUGUGGCAACGCAUCAUCGAGACCUUCAAGUGGGCCUACGCCAAGCGCACCGAGCUCGGCGAUCCCCACUUUGUUGACGUUGAUAGCCUCCUGAAGAAGUUGACGUCGCAGGAUUUCACGGAUUCCAUAAGGUCGGAAAUUAAGGACAACAGGACGUCGAAUGAUCCGGAAUUUUACGGCGCCGUGACGUCAAACGUGGAGGACCACGGGACCGCGCACGUGUCUGUCUUGGCCGCCGACGGCUCGGCCGUGUCUGUCACGUCGACCAUCAAUCAGGUUCUGGGUUCCAAGCUUCGAUCCAGGUCGACGGGAAUCAUUUUCAACGACGAGAUGGACGAUUUUACUAUUGUGUUUGAGCACACCUUGCCAGUUGAACAAUCAUCAUUACAUUGUACUGUAUAUAUUUGUGCCGCGGUGGCGACGAAUGGACCGCCUUGCGCGGAAAUCGGCUCGGACAUACUCAAACGCAAUGGAUCGGCAGUGGACGCGGCGAUCGCGACGCUGCUCUGCGAAGGUCUUGCUUCCCUGCACAGGUAA